AUGGCGUUUGAGUGUCUAGGUACCGUCGGAGCUGUCGAUCCGGAUCGUUGCGAGAUCAGUGAUGAGAAGACAGAGAUGUUUUUGGUUUCGAAUUUCUCUGAUCACAAUGAGCUCCAUACCUUUCUCACGUACGCUAUCCAAGAACUGCUCAGAUUCUGCAGGUUCACCCCUGACCUGGUCGAUAACUGGUUACUAAGAUUGAUUACCUUGGUUGAAAAUAAAGACGCUACCGAUAUCUUUUUACCUUUCUUGGGUACCAUACGAAAUGGCGACUCAGUUAUUUUGCAAAAGCUAUUGCCUCACAUUGCUCUUCAUAUUGUCAUCUCAGGCCCACCGGAAGAACUAGAAAACAUGAGACUUGAGAUCGUGACCGUACUAGAGGAUCAAGUCGAACGUGGAAGCGGAUUCUCCCCUGAGGGCAGGCAACUCGUUGCACAGACUAUCUUCGGCCUGAUGGACCACUUCAGCCGAUGGAUUAGGGAUAGACAGAAAGCUCAAGGCGAAAAUGGAGGGUCCAAAGAACAGACGCUGAUACAGCGCGAGGCUUUAUUGAAUAUCGAACAGCAAAUUGUCAAGCUUGAAGGUGGUCACGUUGCAAGUGGUCAGAGUAUGAUUGUUGAUGAACCAACUGAUGUUAUUUCUCCUCAAAAACAAUUACAAAAGUACUACGAAAAAGCCCAUGAAAUCUAUGCUGCUGUUGACAAGCCAGAUGGAAUGGAAGAUUCUUUGCGGGCUGAAAUCGUUGGAGUGCUUCAGCGUCAUCCAGACUGGGAACGGGAGCUAGCGCCGCUUUCAGUCGAGUCUAGUUUGGUGUUGAACAAUUGGGAAGGAUUGUCACGUGCGGUUCAAGUCGGAUCGCUUGAGAGCCCUGAGGUGAUUUUUGGAAAGGUGGUGGACGUGUUGCUCAAUUCUGAUGAGCAAGCAUUUAAUGAAGCCAUGAAAGAUGCCCGGAUUCGGCUUGGAAACCAGAUACUUGAGGAUGUACGACUCGGCAAUUUACCUGCACAUUUUACACAAAUUACCCCUGAUCGACAAGCAUGUUGCAACUCUUCCCCCGCCGCACCUUCCUCAAAAAUCACUCUCAAAGCUGGAUUAACAACCGGUCGAAAUCUGAUGAAUCAUUUAGAUUUCUGGCUGGAAUCGAUUUCACCUGCGUUUCGUUAUCGCAAGCAACUUUUACGGUUAAGGAGGGCUACGUUUCAACUGAGAUCGCGAGGAGCACCCGCUGUCAGUCAGCUAUGGGUUCAAACGGCCAAGAUCGCAAGGAAAGCCGGACAUUUGCAAACAGCGUAUAGUGCAGUUCUUCAGGCUUCAGAAUCGAAGGCACCAACCGCAUUCAUCCAACAAGCCAAAUUAAUGAAGUUAGAAGACCUCGGGAAUCUUACACAUGAAGCUAUCCAAGAUGUCAUUGUUGUUUGGGAAGUCGAUUUUGUUGCAACCCAGCUCGCCAUCGACCUCGAUCCGGAACAUAUGCCGAUUGGCCAUUGGGUCUAUUCGGCCCCGGUCCCCUCCACCGCGCUGUUUAUUGUGGAUGUUUGGCGGGGAGGAAGGGAGACCGUCAGGCCGGGGACUGUCGAUGAAGUCGAGCUCAUCAAGACCUCGAACCGGACAUCCGCCACACUCUGCACGCCCUUCUCCUCCGACCCCUCUUCCUCGUCAUCCGAAUUGUUUGCCCUUUCCUUCUGA